AUGCAGUUCAGCUACAGCGCUGGGAUCAGCGCGUGCGAGAAAGGCGAGCAGUGGCAGCGGGCGCUGGCGCUGCUGAGCGAGAUGCUGGAGUCCAAGGUGGAGGCAAACAUCAUCAGCUACAGCGCCGGGAUCAUCGCGUGCGAGAAAGGCGAGCAGUGGCAGCAGGCUCUGGCGCUGCUCCGCGACAUGUGGGAGGCGAAGGUGGAGCGCAAUGCCGUCUCGCUACUGCGCCAGGAUCAGCGCGUGUGGGAAACGCGGGCGGUGGCAGAGGGCCCUGGCGCUGCUCGGCGACAUGCGGGACGCGAAGGUGGAGCCCGACGUUGUCAGCUACAACGCCGCGAUCAUCGCGUGCGUGAAUGGCGCCCAGUGGCAGCGGACCCUGGCGUUGCUCAGCGAGAUGGUGGAGGCAAAGUUCGAGCCAGACGUCGCUUUUGUCAGAUACAACGCUGGUGUCGGCGCGUGCGACAAAGCUGGGCAGUGGCAGCUGGCUCUCUCGCUGCUCAGCAUGAUGCAGGAGGCGAGUACGCAGCCCGACGUCUCACCUACACUCUCGGGAUCUACGUGUGGAAACGAGCUGGCCAGUGGCAGAACUCUUUGGCGUUGCUCACCGAGAUGAGAGAGGAAAAGAUGGAUCCCGCCGUCGCCAGCUACAGCGCUGGGAUCGGCGCGUGCGACGUAUGCAAGCAGUGGCAGCGGGCCCUGUUGGUACUCAGCGAGAUGAGGGUGGUGGAGCUUGAGCCAGAUUCAGCUUCCAAGCUGGGAUCAGCGCGUGCGAGAAAGGUGGCCAGUUGCAGCAGGCCCUGUCCCUGUUCAGCGAGGUCUGUGAAGUGA